GGCGUGGAAUUUCUACCGGCCAUCGUGACUGCCGGUGGUGCAAUAUUUGACUUGCUUCUUUCUUCACUUCUGUUCGAUGCGAUGUCCGCCUCCGACUAUCACUGAAGGAACUCUCCAGAUCCUUAGAAGCAACGACUGGGAGCAAUGACUUCAGCAGAUCUGCACACCGCUCUGUUGCGGCCAGCAGUCCUUCAGAUCUUGAGAGCAGCAGGUUUCGGGCACGCUCGACCGGUUGUUAUCGACACAGCGACAGAUCUGGCUGCUAGGUAUUUCCUGCUAUUGGCCUCUUCAACUGCUCAAAAUGCCUUCAACACACACAACACUUUUGUUCCGACUAUUCAGGAUGUGAGGGUCGCUUUGACUCAGGCCGGCGCGCUGGUACCGCAGAUGAGUGCAGCGGAGGAAACUCUGAGAGAUGAGGUUGAGAUCGAGGGCGCAAUGGUUCCUUUUGAGGACUUGCGCGGAGUACAAGGAUUCGUAAACUGGGCUCAAGGGCCGGUCAAUAAGGAAAUUCGAAGAGUCGCAGGAUUUGGUGAUGAUGCGAACGUCGAGGAGAUUGCAGCUGGCCUUGACGAUCAAGAGGAUUACUUGACUGCCCUGAAGAAGAAACAUAGCAAGACUGGCGAAGAAUCACGAUACCAGGGAACAGUACUGGGUAAAGAUACUGAACUGCAGACUGUGUCAAUUAUCGGAGGACCAGCAACUUCAAUUGCUGAAUGGACGCAACAAUCUUUGUCCACUGCGCAGACUGCGACUCCUCCUGCAGAUGCAUCUGCCACACCUGCGACUUCCGGCAUUAGUAGCGCACCACAGUCACCAUUGACACCCAUCGAAUCUGAAUAAACAAUCAACCAUUGUCACAAUCAACAAAAGCGAAUUCCAUGCAAUGCAGGAUCUUCAGCAAGCAAGAUCAUGGUCUCCAAGCGAACGC